CGCUGAAAUGACGCAAGCAGUUUUCUAAAAUAACUCCUCGGUGCUGCUGGAUAUGGCGGCGCUACUGAGAGGUCUGCGAGCUGGAAGGACACUCCGGGGGCUGUGCAGCGUGGUGUCUGCACCACCAGCCGCAAACCCCCAGUGCAGCGGUCUGACACGAGGCAUCCACUGUGCAGCACUGAGGCUUCAGGAUGAAUCCAAAUCUGACAAACCUCCUCCUUCCUCCUCCUCAUCCACAACCCACCACGAGCACUACCAGACUCACUCUGCUGAACAGGCUUCAACAUCUGACCCUGCAGCUGAGGAGGCCUCCAGGCCAAACACCAGUUACCAGGACCAGAGCGGAGAGCAGGGUGAGGAAUAUGAAACAGAGGAGCAGCUUCAGGUUCGAAUCCUGAACGCUGCCCUGGAGUUUGUCCCGCUGCACGGCUGGUCCAUGGAGGCCAUUGCUGCUGGUGCUGAGACACUGGACCUGUCCUCUGCUUCUACUGGCAUGUUCUACAACGGAGCUGGAGACCUGGUGCUGCACUUCGUCUCUCACUGCAACUCACAGCUGACCGAGAUCCUGGCUGAGCAACACAAGCAGGUCCAGCUGGGCCAGGCCGAGCAAAAAAGGACCGCUGACUUUCUAAGAGAUGCUGUAGAGACCAGACUGAGGAUGCACAUCCCCUACAUUGAAUCAUGGCCACAGGCAAUGAGCAUCCUUCUUCUCCCUCACAACAUCCCAAACAGUCUGAAGCACCUCAGCACGCUGGUGGACGAUAUCUGGUUUUAUGCAGGAGACCGAUCAACAGAUAUGAACUGGUACACAAAGCGGGCUGCGCUGACGGGCAUCUAUAACACCACAGAGCUGGUCAUGGUUCAGGAUUCCUCUACAGAUUUCCAGGACACCUGGAACUUUCUUGACAACCGCAUCCAGGAUGUGGUCAACAUGGCGGGCACUGCCAAACAGGUGCAGUCGACUGGUGAAGCAGUGGUUCAGGGGCUCAUGGGAGCUGCUUUCACACUGAAAAAUCUAACAGGACUGAACCAGAAACGAUGAUACAUAAAACGUCUCCCUCGGAUUGAUCAUAACCGUCUGGCUUGUGUCAUGAGCUGAAGAUCAAUUUUAUUUUCGCUCUUAUUUCUUAUUUACUGUAAGGAAACACUGAUAAAGUAAUGCAUAUAAUAGCUUUUAUUCAUCAGCAAAGCAAUUAUCAUUCAUCCCAGGCCAAAGGUGUCUGUUUUUUUUCUCACCCUGAGGACCAGUGGAUGUGUCCUGUUCUGUUUCACUGUCUAAGAUCGAACGCUCCUUCUUCCCUUCAACAGUACACGAAGAUCUGUGAAUUUGUUGUCAAAACUUAAAUAAAAGAGUUAUUCUUGUCUAUUAAA